CUCCGUCCGGUGGAGGAGUCAGAACGCCAGUUGGGGCCCUGGCCCUAGCCGUUAUUUACCCCUGGCAUCACUGCAGCGAUCAUGUUGCUCGGUACAGAAUCUGUCACAGCCCUCAGCACCGAGCGCUGAAUUCUGAUCAUCGGCACUGGGUAAACCGGCACUCUUCACAGGGGGCUAGUAUUGAAAUGACAAAAGAAGACCCUUUUGUAGAACCCUCCAAUGAUGAGGACUCUGUGAGUGGAAGUUGCAGCACUGUAUCCUCAGAUUCUGAGAGGCCAGUUGUCCAUCCAGUUGUUUCAGCACCUAUGCCUACAGAUUGUGAAUUUUCCUUCUUUGAUCCACAAGACCCAGCAUGCAAAAGAAUACUACAUGACCUUAACACAACUGUUUCAGAAUUGUUUGCUAUCUUGCGGCAGUGGGUCCCACAAGUGCAGCAACAGAUUGAUGUGAUUGGGAACGAGAUUCUGAGUCGGGGAUGCCAUGUGAAUGACAGAGAUGGAUUGACAGAUAUGACACUGUUACAUUACACUUGCAAAGCUGGAGCUCAAGGAAUUGGAGAUGCAGAGGUUGCUGCCAAGUUUGCUUCACAGUUGAUUGAAAUGGGGGCUGAUGUCACUCUUCGUAGCCGCUGGACAAAUAUGAAUGCUUUGCACUAUGCAGCUUAUUUUGAUGUCCCUGAGCUAAUAAGAGUAGUUCUUAAGGAUGCAAAUGUUGGAGAUGUGGAUGCCACUUGUAGCGAUUUCAACUUUGGAACAUCUCUGCACAUUGCAGCAUCAAACCUCUGCUUGUCAGCUGUGAAAUGUUUAUUGGAACAUGGAGCCAAUCCUGUCUUCAGGAAUGAUAAAGGACAGAUGCCUGUUGAUAUUGUUCCUGACCCUUUGGAUAUGCCACUCGAGAUGGCAGAGGCAGCAGCAGUUGCCAAAGAACUGAAACAGAUGCUCUUGGAUGCAUUACCACUGACAUGCAACAUAUCAAAAGCCAUGUUGACAAACUAUGAUCACAUCUCAGGCAAGGCACUACUGAUGUCGCUGGGCCUAAAGCUGGGAGAGAGAGUGAUGAUUGCAGGGCAAAAGGUUGGCACACUACGAUUUUGUGGCACCACUGAGUUUGCCAGUGGCCAGUGGGCAGGGAUUGAGCUGGAUGAACCUGAGGGGAAGAAUGAUGGAAGUAUUUGUGGCAUUCAGUAUUUUAGCUGUCCCAUUAAACAUGGGAUUUUUGCACCGCUUUCCAAGAUUAGCAAAGUACCCGUGGUAAAAAAGAGUGUAACAAGGACAUCAUCAAGUAAAACGUCAACUCCUGUCCGAUCACAAAAAAUUGAUUUGUCACAUGUUACAUCAAAAGUUAACACAGGUCUACUUUCUUCCAAAAAGUAUGUUCAAAAAGACCCCAUACCAGCUCAGGACAUUACCAAACCUCAUGCUGGAGCAGAAGUUUCUCUGCCUGGGUCACUCUGCUCCUCAUCUUCCUCUACCUCUUCAAUAGAAAGCAGACAAAGGCAGCCGCCCACACGACAAAGGAAUUUGGCUAACUCUAAGAAGAUGGCAACUAAACCAAUACCUGCAAUUACCAAGAUCACCACGGGUUUGAGGAGUCGAGCUCCAUCAGUUGGCAGCCUGAGAAGUGUAGAGAUUUGUAAGACUCAUAUACAGAUUGGAGAUCGUGUGGUUGUGGUUGGACAGAGGAUUGGUACAGUACGAUUCUACGGGAAAACAAGCUUUGCACCAGGUUAUUGGUAUGGGAUUGAAUUGGAUAAACCCAAUGGCAAGAAUGAUGGCUCUGUUGGAGGAGUACAGUAUUUCACUUGUGUGCCAAAACAUGGAGUGUUUGCACCUCCAUCGAGAGUUCAGAGGGUGACAGAAGCUCUGGAUUCCUUCUCAGUUGUCCCAACCAGUAAACUUAAUCGAUCAGUUAUAGGUUUCCAUCGAAGUUUUAGCACACCAUCCACCCUUCCAUCACCAAGGGAGAUUAAAGGAAAGAAUGCUUCAAACAGGCCAAAAAAUGCAAUCAUGCGACGAAGCUGGAGCAGCACAAGUACAACUGAAGGAAGCGUAAAGUUACAGGAAGGCUCACAGGUACUACUGAGCAGUUCAAGUGAGAUGGCAACCAUUAAAUACAUUGGACCUACUGACUUUGCACCUGGCAUAUGGCUUGGACUAGAACUGCGCUCACCAAAAGGCAAAAAUGAUGGUUCUGUGGGGGAGAAACGGUAUUUUAAUUGCAAACCAAAUUAUGGAGUUCUGGUACGGCCAAGCCGUGUCACAUACCGAGGGAUUAAUGGCACCAAACUAGUGGAUGACAUUUGUGGAUAAAAGAUUUGUUUGCAGUAAGCUUAGGGGAAACUUAAUCGUACAGAAUUUAACAUAUGCACGUAAGCUAUGAAUUUCAUUCAUGGUGACAUCCAAAUACGUGCAUACAUGUAAUUGUGGACGUAAAUCACACGUGUAACUACAAUAUG